UGACGACUUGACUUAUGACUCUCGUUCUCAGGACUUUGUCUAAAAUCUCGUGCGUCAAUAUAAUAAAAUAACACCAAGUAUUCGCAAUUUUUAGCAUAGAAAGAAGGAGAGUGCGAUUUCUUAAUUGAAUUUGAAAAUUAUGCAAAAAGUUUGCUAAACUUUAUUUAAUAUAUUUUAUUUUCGCAAAAGUAUCUAACAAUUUUGUUAAUUGAAAAAAGGGCAUAUGCUAUGGAACGGGACUGCUCAAGUAAAAUGCUUAAAAAUACUGAGGAUUUUGUGUCCAAGAAGCUUCAAUACGUGUGCAAACAAAAAUCCAGUCCAAUGUUUGGGUUGUCUUUACCUAGUCAUGUUUUGAGAACUGCAAUAUUUAUAGCUGUGACAAUUUUUACUUUCAUCACAAGAUUUUAUGUAAUAAACCAACCCAAACAUAUAUGCUGGGAUGAAACCCAUUUUGGAAAGCAUGCAAAUUUCUACAUUGCCGGACAGUUCUUCUUUGAUGUUCAUCCACCAUUGGCCAAGAUGUCAAUUGCAUGGGCUGGUUUACUCACAGGUUAUGAUGGACAUUUUCCAUUUGAAAAACCUGGUGAUCAAUAUGAUGAUAGCACUUACAUUGGAAUGCGUGUGUUUUGUGCAGUAAUGGGUUCUUUGUGUGUUCCAUUGGCAUAUCUUAUUGUGUGGGAAUGGACACGUUCAACAAGUGCAUCAUUGAUGUCUGCAUCUUUUAUUUUAUUUGAUACUGGCUGCCUCACAAUAUCCCAAUACAUCCUACUGGAUCCUAUUCUCAUGUUCUAUAUCAUGUUGGCUGUUUUUUGUGUGGUAAAAUUUCAAACGCAUAGUUGCAGUCCUUGGAGUUUUGAAUGGUGGUUCUGGUUGACUUUAUCUGGCAUCAAUUUGGCAAAUGCCUUUAGUUGUAAAUGGGUUGGACUUUUUGUCAUUCUUUGGGCUGGUGUUGUUACUGUUGUGGACUUAUGGAACAUGUUGGGUGAUCUAGGGAUGUCAUUGUUUUCAAUUGCUAAACAUUUUAUGGCAAGAGUUGUUUGUCUUAUUUUGCUUCCUAUCUUUGUUUAUCUCUUUUGGUUUGCUGUGCAUUUCACCAUCCUUAAGACCAGUGGUCCUGGUGAUGGUUUUUUCAGUUCGGCAUUUCAGUCGACAUUGAAAGGAAACGAACUGUAUCAGACGUCUUUACCAGAGCAUUUGGCUUACGGUUCGAUGAUCACGUUAAAAAAUAAUCGCCCAGGUGGAGCAUUGCUUCAUUCUCAUCAUCAUUUGUAUCCAGAGGAACAUCCGCCUACACAACAGCAAGUGACUGGUUAUUCACAUAAAGAUCCUAACAAUGAUUGGUUGGUAAAGAAGUCUACAGAAUCAUAUGAUCCAAAUGCUCCUGUAGAGUACGUAAAACAUUUGGAUAUUAUUCGACUUGAGCACAUUCCUACAAAGAGAAAUCUUCACAGUCAUGCUCAGAAAUCUGCAUUAACUCAACAUCAUUAUCAAGUAUCAUGUUAUGGGGAGAACGGCGAAGGCGACAGCAAUGAUUUCUGGCAAAUUCAAAUCAUUAAUGGCAAAGACGGAGAUCUUGUGAAGACUGUGAAGACAGUCUUUCGUCUUAUACACGUUGGAACGGGUUGUGCAUUGUAUGGUGGAACAAAUACUUUACCAAAAUGGGGAUGGGAGCAACUGGAGAUGACGUGUAAUCCAGUACAGACGCACAGUAACAGCAAAUGGAAUGUUGAAUCUCAUGUGAACAAUCGAGGUAAGAUUACUGAUUUUGAAUUAUUUCACCCGUCUUUUCUUGAAAGUGUUUUUGAAUCCCAUGCCGUCAUGGCCCAGACAAACAGCGGUUUUAAACCGAAAGAAGGUGAAGUGACAUCAAAACCAUGGCAGUGGCCAAUCAACUAUAGGGGUCAAGUUUUCUCUGGUGGAAAUCAGCGUGUUUACUUACUUGGGAAUCCGGUUAUUUGGUGGUUAAUCCUAGCUACUGUCGCUUUAUUUCUCUCAAUAUUCGUCUAUAAUGCAGUGCGGACAAAACGGGGCUAUGUCGACACUCCGCAAGAAAAAGCUCGCAAGCAAAAGUUCACCACAGCUAUAUGUUGGCUUCUACUUGCAUGGGCUCUUCAUUACUUUCCAUUUUUUUUAAUGGGAAGAGUUUUAUAUUUUCAUCACUACUUUCCAGCUUAUUUGUUUAGUGCGAUGUUUGCAGGAGUUAUCUUAGAGUAUUUAUUCCAAAGUAUAUCGUCUUACGUGGAACCAAGUGCUUAUAGAAUUAUGUUUUAUUAUUCACUUGUGUCGCUUGUUUUUAUCGUGUGCAUCAUAAGUUUUUACAUGUUUCAUGGUCUCUCGUACGGCAUGUCCGGACCAAUGGCACAUCAAGAUAACUGUACUCAAGCAGCUUAUAAAUGGAUGGAUUCAUGGGAGAUAUAACAUUUCUUUAACGAAAAGUCAUCGUAUCAGUGGGCGGAUUUCCUGGCAAUUCUUUUGUCUAAGCAGUGUCAAAAGAAGUUAAUUGAAACAUUGCUUGGCUUAUUUCAUGAAAAUAACUCUUGUAAACAAAAA